AUGGACUAUGAAGCAGAAACACUUCAUUUAUAUCUAGGCCGGCUGACCGAAAGAUACUUACUCGAUUUCCAUGCUCUCUGGUCUUCAGAAGAAAACCUUAAGUGGUCAGUUCGACCGCCCAUGAAGACAUUGGAACAGUCAAGCGAUUGGAUGAAACAGGCGUUUUCAGUUGAAAAUCCCAAUCUCGAUAAGUUUGCGAUUAUUAUCAAGCCACAAUUCGAUGCUUUUCACACAGAAGAACGUGGAACUCAGCCAAGAAUGAUUGGAAUCUGUGGGACUCUUGGAGAAGGUGCUGAGAUAAUGUAUAUGCUGGAUCAUCACUAUUGGAGGAAAGGAUAUGCGACGGAGGCUUUAAAUUCUUUAGUGGGACCAGAAGGUACCUUUUGGAAGUUUCCUAAUCGUAAGCAUAUUAAGACUUUGACAGCACAUAUUGACGCGGACAACCUCGCAUCCAUAAAGACGAUUGCUAAGGUCGGAGGCAGGGAAGGCGAGAGACAAGUGAAGUGCUACUCUUUAGCGAGAGAUAGGAGUGAGGACGGCAUGGUGCCAAAAGAGAAGCUAAGAGAUAUGUCAAUAGGCACCGCCUCUCCUGUUCCUCAACUCAUUUUGCUUGCGACAGUGAAUCUCACAUUACCGCGCACUGAAAUCAUCAAGCACUCCGGACCCAGUCAUUCGAUGGCUCACCUCACUCCCAACAACCUUGAAUCGGCGACAUCAAUUACCUCAUUAGUAAUUGUCUCUCAAGACCCGGAAGCCUUGCAGCAUCAGCAGGACAAUGAAGCAUCAGUACUCUACAUACUCAUCCACUUCACGACUUGCCCAAAUUGUCGGGCCCCAUGCCAAAGAGCCGGUGGAACCAACCAAAUGAAAUGUAUCUGCAACCACCAAUUCGACUAUAGCUGUGGCCAUUCAUUGGAUCCGACUCGUGAAGCAAGUUGCAGAAAGUGCAGACAGUAUGAAACAUUCAUACAAUUUGCUGAUAUCUUUACUGAAGCUAUGACACCACCGGGACCAGAGUCCCAAGCACGUAAGCAUCUCAUUCGUGGUCUGAAAGAUUCUGAUUAA